AAAAUAUUACCUUCUAAUAUCUAUUCAAAUAUGCUGCUCAAAACUAGACUUCAGUCCUUAAAGAACAAACUUUCUUCUAACAAAACCAAAAGCUCAAAGAACAGUACAGCAGAGCAAAUCCAUAAGGCUAACAAGAGGGUGCCUCAGCCUUAUGAUAAGCCAAGUCUGCCUGGUGGAACUAAGAUGCAUAUCUUAUGAGUAUUGUCUUGCCAUACUCACUCAAGUGUUGAACUAGAGAGGUUCUAACCUAUUUGUGAUUCUUGAGAUCCAAGCACCUACAACACCAUCAAUGUGUUUUAGGUACAUGGAACUUGUGCUAUUUCUCGGAAUUCAUCGUGAGCAAGGUCACGGUGUGUGUUGUCGCCGGGUUGUGGCUCUACUUUUGUUUCUUUUAUGUUUUCAAUAUUUUGUGUAUUUCAAUAUACCUGUGAUUAAAUUUCGCACCCAACCUGCACGAAAAGUAAAAUAUCACGUUGCAGACGAAUUCGCCCGAGAGUGCAAGCGGAUCCUCGUUAUUUCAGUAAACGGGUAUGCAUACCCCGGAGAGUCAUAGUCACGUACGGUCUAUCUCGGAAGUCAUAAGGCCAUUGUAUGAUCAGAAUGGCUAGGUGUACACCCCACCAUACGCUCUAACAGGUCUGAUUUUGGCCCGCACACGUCUACCGGACCCCAGAUCUACCCCUAGGUUCACGCACGCCAUCCAGAUCUUGUUCACAUGCACUGGCAAAGCCCAGGAAGCCACUUC